AUGAUGCAUCUUUCUACAGAGAACAUUCUUCUCAAACUACGAUGUACAGGCUUGGAAAAUGCUCUACGAAAUGAGCAGAAGAAGCGACAGCGUGGGAAGCCUUUACAGCUUCAGCUUCAAGCACCAGAAGAUGGUAAUGCCAUCUUUUACAGCCUUAAGAAGGUUCAACAAGCGCAGGAUCUUCAAGCAGAGAAGGAGGAAGCUGCACGCAUUGCUAAGGCCGCCAAAGAGGAAGAUAAGAUACAUCAGCAGCAGGAGAAAGAAGAGAAAAUACGCUUGAUUAAAGAACAAAAGAGAAUAAGGGCUUAUAAUAAGAGUCUACGAAUGCAGGAAGCGGAGGAAAAGAGACGCCAGAAAGAGGAGGAGAAAGCUACAAAACAAGCUUCUCUACAGCUUCAAAAUAAUGUCAAACAGGCUAAUAAAGGUAAGAAAAAGUGUACCGAGUCUACUACGGAAAAGAAAAAGAAUAAUACCUAUAGGAAAAGUGAGGAAGAAGUGGAAGAGGCACCUGUUACUGUAAAUAGUCGAGGAAGGCAAAUACGGCUUCCGCAGCGAUUCUGA